UGCAAAAAGGAGAAGAAAAGAGACCUCGAUCGAAUUGAUAUUAUCACAUCUUUCUUUGUUGAUUUGAUGAAAAUGGCGUCCAUGCAACUAACCAGAGCUACUCUUUUUAGCCUCUCAAAAGCUUUCCCUAUAGUUCGAUCUCCCUUAACUCUUGCUGCUUCUUCGACCCGGAAAGUCUCUCGCGUGUGCUUUGCCUCCUCUGUUAGCCGUUCCGAGGGUAGAGAUCCGGUAGAGAAUGCUAGAGACUCAAGGGCAGAUGUACCUUACGGUUCAAAGAAAUGGAGGGAGAAUACCGAAGAAAACUAUGCUCAAGGAGCUAAAGACAAAGCUAAUGAAGGAGCGAGCAAAGCAGCUGAUAAAGCUUACGAGACCAAAGAGCAGGCUAAAGGCACAGCCUACGAAGCAAAGGAGAAGGCUAAAGACUACGCGGAACUGACAAAAGACGAAGUAAACGAAGGGGCGUAUAAGGCAGCGGAGAAAGCAGAAGAUACAAAAGAAAGAGCCAAGGAGAAAGCAGAGGAUACAAUGGACAGUGCAAAAGCAAAGGCUCGAGAUGCUAAAGAAAAGGUUAAAGAGUAUGGAGAAGAGACUAAGGAGAAAGCAGAAGGGUUUAAGGAGACCGUGAAGGUCAAGGCUGAAGAACUUGGAGAGAAGACGAAGGAGUCGGUGAAAGGAGCUUGGGAGAAUACAAAAGACACUGCACGGACUGUGACCGAAGCUGUGGUUGGGCCUGAAGAGGACGCGGAUGAGGCACGAGCUGAUAUCGAUAAAGGUGUUGAAGAUUUAACUAAAAAAGCGGAGAAAAAAAGAUGAGAAGGAUCGAAAAGAGGAUGAGUUCGUAACGUUUAACUAAUGAGAGAGAUAGGAUCUGUUCUAUAUGUGUUUGCUUUCAUGCAUUGCUCCAUUUCAGCUUUAUUCUCUGUUGCUAAGCUAUGUUCAUGUCUUGUUUGUGAAAAUGCAUAAAUAAAUAAGAUAAAUUUAUGGUUA